AUGCAACAUUCAUGUUCACAUACAUGCCAACAUGUUGAUGAAACAAAUGUUGGUCGAUGGAAUUUAUAUACAAAAAUUGAUAAAUAUAAUUUACAAUGUUAUAAUGAAAAACAUGAUAGUUCAGUUGAAAGUGAUGAUGAACAAGAAUUACUUUUCAGUAUACCAUUUAAUGGUGCUCUAAAAAUAACUGGUCUAUGUGUUAUUGGUGAAAAUGAUCCAUCACAUCCAAAUACAGUUAAAUUAUAUGUGAAUAUAUCUUCUUCUACAUGCAAUAAUGUUCAGUGUCUGUCUGUCUGUCUGUUUCUCUGUGCCGGGUCAAAGGUCAAAUAAGACUCUAAGGGAGAGAUCUCUAGAGCCUAUUUUAUGGGGUACUUAUAGAUCCUCACGGGCUAUCCUAUGGGAGUACCCAUAGGUUCUCCAGAGCUAUCCUAAGAGGGUACCUAUAGGUCCGCCAGGGCUAUUCUAUGAGGGUAUCCAUAGGUCCUCAAGGGCUAUGCUAAGACGGUACCCAUAGGUCCUCCAGGGCUAUCCUAUGGGGGUACCUAUACCUCCUCCAAGGCUCAUCUAUCAGGUACCCACAAGUUCCCAAGUGCUAUCCUAUGGGGGUAGCUAUAGGUCCUCCAGGGCUACCCUACGGGAGAACGCAUAGGUCCUCCAGGGCUACCCUAUGGGGAUAUCCAUAGGUCCCCCAGGGCUAUGAGAUGGCGGUACCUAUAGAUCCACAAGGGGACCCUACGGGGUACCGAUAGGUCCCCAAGUGCUAUUCUAUGGGGGUACCCAUAGGUCCUUCAGAGCUAUCCUUUGAGGGUACCCAUAGGUCCUCAAGGGCUAUCCUAUGGGGGUACCCAUAGG